CAGGUGGGUGAGGGGGCGCGCACGUCGGGAAGAUGGCGCUACGUCUGCUGCGGAGGGCGGCGCGCGUGACGGAGGCGGCGGCGGCGCUGCCGAGGCUGAAAGCAUUCCUGGCAGCUGAUGUGCCCAGGCUUGGGUACAGUUCCUUGCCCAAUCACAAGUACAUUCCUCGGAGGGCUGUGCUCUAUGUGCCUGGAAAUGAUGAAAAGAAAAUCAAGAAGAUUCCAUCCCUGAACGUGGACUGUGCAGUGCUUGACUGUGAGGAUGGUGUGGCUGCCAACAAAAAGAAUGAAGCUCGACUGAGAAUAGUAGAAACUCUUGAAGGCUUUGAUCUGGGCCCAACAGAAAAGUGCGUGAGAAUCAACUCGGUGUCUAGCGGUCUGGCCGAGGAGGACCUUGAGACCCUUCUGCAAUCCCGGGUCCUUCCUUCCAGCCUGAUGCUACCAAAGGUGGAGAGUCCUGAGGAAAUCCAGUGGUUUUCAGACAAAUUUUCAUUCCACUUAAAAGGCCGAAAACUUGAACAACCAAUGAAUUUAAUCCCCUUUGUGGAAACUGCAAUGGGUUUGCUCAAUUUUAAGGCAGUGUGUGAAGAAACACUCAGGAUCGGACCUCAAGUGGGUCUUUUGCUAGAUGCAGUUGUUUUUGGAGGAGAAGAUUUUCGAGCCAGCAUAGGUGCAACAAGUAGUAAAGAAACCCAGGACAUUCUCUACGCCCGACAAAAGAUUGUCGUCGUAGCCAAGGCCUUUGGCCUACAAGCCAUAGACUUGGUGUACAUUGAUUUUCGGGAUGCAGACGGGCUUCUCAGACAGUCGAGAGAAGCAGCAGCCAUGGGCUUCACUGGUAAGCAGGUGAUCCACCCUAACCAAAUUGCCGUGGUCCAGGAGCAGUUUACCCCUUCCCCAGGAAAAAUCCAGUGGGCUGAAGAACUGAUCGCUGCCUUUAAAGCACAUCAGCAGUUAGGAAAGAAUGGGCUGCACUAUCUCCAAAUGAACCACCAACAACAAAGAUUAGGGUUGCUGCAGCCCACGUCCAGUCCGGGAAGACCACCUGCUCCACGCACACCAGCACCCUUGCCAGCAGGGAGCCUUUACUUUCCAAGGGAGUAUGAUCGACAUGCCAUUACUGAAGCAGGCCCAGAACAUUGUCACGCUUGCCACAUCCAUCAAGGAAAAAUGAUCUGUUCAAUGCAGCUCUCAUCAGGCCCCGCGCACCCCAGCGCACCCCGCUCACAGGCCGGACACCUGCGUGGGGCCCUCGCGCCCGCCCUGAGCACCGACCGCCCCUGUGUCCCUCCAGCCCCGAAGACGACCCUGCACCAAGCGCAAGGACGAGGUCCGAGAGACCGUGCAAGUGCCAGGAACAUGUCCCGGUGGUGGUCCCGGUGAUCUGAGACAGGCGCGGUUAACCUGGACUGCUGGAAGCUGGCUAGGUGGCCCGAGGGAGGUGCGGGAGGGUAGGUAGAGUCCCAUGGCUUCGCUUCUCACUCGCGGAACUGGAUUGCUCACGUUACUCAGAUACGAUGUUUGAAUCAAGAGAAAAAGGAGCCUUGCAUUUCAGAGAACUUUUUGCUUAAGCGUUUCCCCGCCUAUGUCUAUUUGUCUUGCACAUCCAUGGAAGAUACCAUCAAUGACCAUCCCCAGUUUAAGAAAGAAAAAAGAAAAACUUUGUCAAGAUCUGUCAGAGAGUCAAGAUUUCUCUAAACUUUUCCCAAGGAAUCACUUCAUUGGCCCUUUUAGUCAUUCCACAAACACCUGUCGAGUAGACUAGGUAUCACACAGUUCCCUGAAUAUCGUAGGAUUUGCCCCAGAUGAACUUUUCUUUUAAAAUUAAAAUGGCUUUGCUGGCCAUGUGCCUGGAGCUUGGAGCAGUACUGUAAUCUCAGCUACUCAGGAGGCUGAGGCAGGAGGAUCACAAGUUUGAGGCCAACCUGGACAAUUUAGCAAGAACCUGUCUCAAAAUGGGGGAGGGGAAGGAUGGACUGAGAUGUAGCUCAGGGGUAAAGGGCCCUUGGGUUCAAUCCUCAUGCCAUAAAUAAAUAAAUGCCUUUGUGGAAGUGAAGGGAGGAGCAAGGCUGUAAAAUAAAAUCCAGUGUUAAAACAAAAAUGCCAUGGGCUACAAUCGUGGCAAUAACAAUAGGUGUGAAUUAAGAAUUUUAAAUGUUUGGAAAACUGUAAGUCAUAUGCUUUGCAAUCGGUCUGGUUUUCUCCUCUUUCUUCUCCUUGUCCCCUCCCUCUUCACCAGCCUGAGGUCUGACAGCAUCUCAGAGUUACUGCAGGAACCCACUCAGUCUUGGCCCUUCCCCCUCUUCCCCUGCUGAACCAUUCAACAGGAAUUAGAAAGUGUGCUCAGGAUCAGGGCAGAGGUGAUUUUCUCCUACAUGACCUCUGUUCACGCAGUAGGGAUGUUACUAAGGAGCCAGACUUCCAGAGUAGAUCUGCUGUACCCUAAGUCAAAGAUAAAGCUUGCAGUUCCUAGAAGGGGUAGAACCCACCUCUUAGAUCACCUGUGCUUACCUGCUGACCCAGGAAGGCCCCUCUAACUGUAGAAGGCUUCUCCAUUGAUCACCAUCGAUUCUCAUGCACUGCUGUGUGCAAAGUGUAAUCAUACAGAAAACUGGACAUAUUCCCAGAGGCUAGAGUCCUGGGCCUGGAAAGAACUUUAGAGAUUCCUUUCGUUACAUAAAUAAGAGAGCUAAUCGACUGAAAACUCCAUCUUAUGAAAGGCAAGGGGGAACCAAACAAUGGCUGUGUCACAAUAGCUAAAAUAUCUGCCACGAGGGGGAACUCAGGAAAAAGAAGAUAGAUUUUUUUUUUCUUGGUCUACAUAAUGCCAAAUAGCUGGCUUGGCUGUUUGAUUUUGUUUUAUCUUUAGACAAUGAAUCAAAUUGCCUUAGUUAUUCAGACACACUAAUAGAAUCAAGAGAAAAAGGAACAUUCAGUUUCAGAUAGCUUUGUGUGGAUGGUUUCUUCAGAGGGAGGCACACUCUAGGCAUCUGGCUUAAUAUCUAAACAGGAGGAAGGCAGGAGGAAUCUUCUGAGUUCCAGGAAGGGAAGAACACAAAAACCAACAUGAAUUUCUGGCUUAGAUUUUCUGGGAGAACUAUGCUAAUAAUCUUGACUACCGGAUGAGGACAGGCGCACAUCCAUUUUUCACACUGGGCUUUCAGGAGCUGUGAUUCCUGCAGUAGCUUCCAUGGAAUCUCUGUGAGGCUUCUCCCAGGCUGGCCUGCAGGAGCUCCAGCACUGUGACAGCAUUGGCAAUCUCAAAGGGUGUCACCAUGUAGCUGGGCUGCGUUGUCUGCUGCUAUAACCACACAGAUAUUUUGCAAAGCCCUUGCACAAGCUGCAAGCCUGUGGGCAGACAGUGUCACACCCUGAGACUCCUAACUAGUAAGACACACUGUGUUCGGUGAGGUUUCCCCAGAACCCCAGAGACAGCUUGCUGGGCUUUCCUCAGUCCUCCCAAGCCCAGGGCUGAAUGUCUGUUGUAGUACUUGUUUAGAUAUGUGUGCCGCCCCAGACAGUGCAGAUUUCCUGAAUAUUGGACAUUGUCAUGGAUUCUGAUCCCUCUCCUUUUCUCACUUCUCACCCACAACACAGAUUGCUGAAAGUGUGUCCAUUAAAGUCAGGAACUCUUUCCCCAGCACACUUGAUCCUGACUCUCCAACUAACAGGUUAUGUUACAUUUGGACAAGCCAUUUAUUCUCUCUGGUCAUUAAUUUCUUCAACUAU